CCCACCAUACGCCACAGUCAGUUGGUCACCGUGCGGGGAGCGGGGUGGACGCACUCUCCUGCGCUCCUCACACCCUUCCCGCUCAUACUCCUAACAAGAUGUGAGGCGCUGGGCCAGACGCCUCCACAUUACUCCACGAGUCGGCUCGCUGUGUUCAUCUGUGAUCUCAACUGUGAUAAUGCCGAAAGGCUUCCUGGUGAAGAGGAGAGAAGAGGAAAUGAGUGCAUUGGACUUGAUACCAUACAGACCGUGGCGCGAUGUCACCCUGCCGGUGGAGCAAGAGGAACCUGUUGACUUCAGUCUCCGAAGUCGGCGUGAUAGCGACAGUUCCGACACAAGGGCUCGGGAUGACCUGCAGCAGGUACGUGGAGAAGUCGAGGGGGUUAAGGAAGUAGUGCACGGCCGGGGCGCUGAGAAGGGAUGCCGUCUGCUGGUGCGGACUCCAGACUCUGGCUUCAGCAGUCCCUCUGAUGGAGAUUUCUACAGAAGAUCAGUGUGUCACACUCCAUCUGUGCGACUUCCAGCCAAGAUUUACCCUGAUGCAAUAACUCCCAGUGAUGUGGAACAGACGGCCCCUCUGGCGCUCAUCAAGAAGCGGCCCGCCCUGGACGAACCAGACCAGGGUUUGCACGUCACCACCUUACACGACCCUCCAGACGCCAGUCACUUCCAACCUUUCCACCUGACCAUCCCGCGCGUGGACGACCCGCGGUACCUGAUGCCGCCUCAGACCAGCCCCUACCACCUGUUGUCACCCACGCUCUACUGGCCGCAUGGCUCCUCACCCCUACGGUCGCCCAUCCCAUUCACGUCUCCUCUCGGUCGUUCUCCUUACGACCUAAGUCACAGUGCCGUGUCUCUGCAGAGUCCUCAGGAAGGACUCAACCUCACCACCCGUCCUCCAGGCUCUCCACGCCUCGUCACUCCCAUCAAAGUUCCACCCAAGUCCCCAAUUGGUGGCGCCGUCACUCCACAAAAACGUAAGUCCCCCACCACUUCUAUAACACCAUCAGAGAAGAAACUCAAAACCUCCAAGAAAACCAAAGCCGCGCGGCGCCUUAACUUUGAUGAGGACAAAACUUCGCCAGUGUCCGGCACUAUCAUUAGAGAGUUGGCUGAGGGAGAGGAGCCCCUCGUCGUCAGGAAAGGUGACAUUGACCCGGCCUACAACGUCGUUGAGAUCACAGAGGAAGCCAAAGCCGAAAUAGCUAAGAUCGACAACAAAAUCGGCGACUAUGUGUGCCGUCUUUGUAAGGAGAUGUAUGAUGACGCCUUUGGUCUGGCCCAGCACCGGUGCUCCCGCAUCAUUCACGUGGAGUACCGGUGUCCAGAGUGCGACAAAGUGUUCAACUGCCCGGCGAAUCUCGCCUCCCACAGGAGGUGGCACAAACCCAAGACUUCCGUCGGUACUAACUCCACCGCCGGUACCAGCACGGCCUCCACCAGCACCAGCACCAUCAGCGAGACGGAGGUGUCGCCGGGCAAAAGCUACACUGAGAACAACAACAACACGAGCAGUACAACCAACAACAACCUGAUGAAGGGACCUCCUGCCUUGGUGCCGCUGCCGCAGUUCAUGGCCAUGGAGCGGGAGGAGAUGAUGUCCGAGGAGCAGUUCGAGUGCGAGCUGUGCUUCAAGAAGUUCAAGAGGCAAUCCUACUUGAAAAAACAUCUGGCUACGCAUCGUGGGGAGGGCGGCGAGGGUGAUGGGGCGGGGCCGUCUCACGCACCCCAACCUCCGCCCCUCACGCCUCUCCUGUCUCCACACUUCCCCGCAGAGGUGCUCCCCUGCCACCUUUGUGCUGCCGCCUUUUACACGGCGGCCGCCCUGGAGCUGCACCUGGAGACCGCCCACCUUCCAAACCUAGACGCCACUUCCCCCACCCAGCUACAUGUUCCCCGUCCUCAAGUCUCCUCUAGAGGACAUAUUCCUAUCCAGGCUUCCCCUUCCACACCGUCCCACCUCCUUCACCGCCCCCAUCAGAUAUCUGCGCCAACGUAACUCUAUGGCGUGCCCAACUUCUUCCCCUUUCUUCCUUCCCUUCCUUCACCACUCGGCGCAGCAGAUGUCCAGCCGAUGCCAAAACAACUUGUGGAGUCAUCGGUCAUCUAAGACAUCACCCAAGGGCGUCAUCGGCAGCUCCUCCCGGUGCGAACGCGGUUCUCCGUCAGGCGGGUCUUCAGCUGGCGUGGGUGCAGCGGAAGCCUUCUCCACAUCGUCCCAACCCCCGCGACUCAACAGGUACCGGCCCUCGGGCCUCUUUAUACUCUAGUCUUGGCCGCCUCGUCAUUGUGGUCGGGCCUCUUAGUUACUGGUCACUGUCUCCAUAUUGCUCUGUAUAUCAUGUAUCCAUAGGUUUAACCUGAGACAACUUGAGGGCGUAACUUAGCGGUAGAUGAAGGUCACUAGGUCUGCCAAUUGAAUGCCUGUGUGUGUGUGUGUGUGUGUGUGUGUGUGUGUGUGUGUGCGCGCGCGCUUACAGUGAAUGGUGUUCAGAUUCAAUGAUAAAAAUUCUAUCACGAAUUUGUCUUUGUUUUGUAGCGAGGGUCAAGAGUUCGGCAGGCAGGGCACGGGGUGUCCUGCCUGAUCGAAUUUUGUUUUCAGUGUGUGCAAGAAAUGAGUGGGUGAGUGAGUGAAAAGAAGGGCGCCACUCUCAAAUCAUGUCAUAAAAUCUGACGUUGAUCUCAGUUUAUGUCAUGAUCCAACACAAGACGCAGGCGGGACUGUCUCGCAGCGACGCCUGAGUCUGACGCUGAUCUCAUCAAGGCACUUAUUGAUUUUCAUGUCUUUUGUACAGAAUUUGUGAAGUGUUACUGAUCUCAGUGAAAUAUUCACAAUGAUCACAAGCUAUUAUUACACUCAUAUUUUACAAGCCUAAAUUAGAACUACUGAACAUUAUACUCAGCUGAACACAUGUGCUAUGCUAUCAAAAUUACAUAGAUUUACCCUAAUGGCCCUCCUAACGAUUAUAACUUCCAAUGCGGGUGUUGCUAAUUAUCACUGCGCCCCUUGUUAGGAGGCUUCAGCACCAGCAUGUCAUCAAACACGUCCUAGGCUGACCCUCAGUAAUCAAGUGAAACCCUGUUGUCUCAGCUACCAGGUAAUUAGCCUAAUCAACCGAAGUACCUGAGCACACCAGAAGGAACACAGGAUAAUACUCUUCACAUGAUUUAUGGCAUUUAUGAUGUACUGUACAUACUGAGCAGGUUGACUUUACCACAGCACCCACUAAGUAAUAUCAUGUGAUUAAUGUGAAACAAUUGUUAAAAAAUCUAAGUUAUUAUGCAAACAUUUCCCUUUGCAGUAGGUAAGGCUUGCCUGCUCCCAGCCCGGCGUGACGCUUAGGGCGUCACGCCGGGCUGGGAAUGAUGAGUGUUCCUCGUGUCCUUUCUGGUGACGUAGUGAUUAAGUCUUUUAGUACGUAGUAGGAAAGCGAUCACUUGAUGAGACCAACACGAAGUCACGGACACACAGCCAUCACCUCGAUAGCAAUCAAGAGUCAACCAGUGUUAAUCAAAGAUGAGCUACUCCAGUUUUUGUGUUGAUUGGGCUGCGGCUCACGGAGGCACGCGCGAUGGAUUAUUAACUCGUCACCUCGGAGUCCGGCGCCACCCCUCCUGGCGUGGACAGAAGCUAAAUGAAGGCGGGCGAAUUGUUAAACAUUCAAUAUUCAUCAAUAAGAUUGCCGAUGUGAUAGCGCUGACAUCAUGGAACGUUCACGCGGGCAUAAAUUUGUGCGGGAAAUAUAAAGCCUAAAAUUGUUCAUUGCAAAUCUUGGGUAUUAAAUUUACACACGAGGUUUAAGUUGUCUCUCAGCGGAUCGUGAGUGUUGCUAAUGAGCGGGUGUGAGGGCGUGUGGGGCGAGGCGCGGGGUGGGGAGGGCGCGCCACAAGGCUGGGUCUUCCCCCACACCGGCGGCCAACCCUCGCCUGCCGGAUAACUGGAUAAUCGAAACGGCAACGCUCACUCUCUAUACCGGAUUAAUUACUUUUCCAUUCUGAUCCCCGCAGUUUGUUUUCUUGUUUGUUUUUUACAACUUUAUAGUUUUUCCCCUGGUCGCAUCGCGGGUCUCACGCCAGCUUUGCGUCCAUGGGGCUGAAAAAACAAAUGUUCACAGGCUGGACACAGCGGUAUUGUUGUUGGCAUGAAAAGAAAUAUCCGCGCGUGUUUCAGUGUGGGCUGCUGUGUGGAAUAGUUUUACAGGAUUCACUGGUUGACUGUGGAGUGCGGGUCGCCGGUAACACACCAGCCCGCCCCUGUAUCACCGUAAGCUCACAACCAAUUGGCUAGAUUCGUGCUGGGAAUGCGUGCAACAUGAGCAAGGAAUACCGUGCAAUCAGGGCGUGCAAUAUAUCACUAAUAUGAAUGGUGUGUAAGGAAGAGUGUAAGUGUGUGCGUGUGUAAGAUUAAGUCAACGCAGCUGUGCUUAGUGAUUAAAGAAAGAGUGACACGUAAAACUGAACCUAAUUUUAAGUGAAAAAUUGAGGUGCGGUGUGUUGCCGGCGAAGGUCCCUUGAGGGCCCGGUGAGCUGGUGUCCGCGGCUUCGUGUGCAUCGUGUGUGCUGUUCAAAGGAUAUCUGGGCUGUGUGUACAAUUAAUUCGUGUUUAGGGACGAUUAACGCCUACCGUGUAUAUAAAGUGCCAUAAGUGUGUACAUAUGUAUAGCUCCUAAGUCCAUCAUGCCCGGGCGUGAGGUGGGGGGCUGCAUCCAUAGGGCGGCUUUUGUUCCUGUAUGGGUCCCGCCCUCCCGCCGUCACCAGGAGAGGGCCAGCUGGUCACCCCGACACGACACACGCGCUGGGGUGAUCAGUUAGUCUCCUCUCACGUCGUAAUUGCCACUUUGACGUCACCGCGGGCUGUGCUGGCGAGGGUAGUUCAGUGUUACAACUCACUUCGUCCAUCACUCCGCGUCUUCACUUCUGGGUCACUCUCUCAUGACUCACAUUGAUUUUUUUCUGGCAUGAUUGUAAUUACUGCUCACAACUGACGAGGCAAAUAAGUCGAGUUCAAGCAGGAUGAGUUCUUGUGCAGGAUAAAGUACCAAAGUUUCAUCCUAUACGGUUUCCUGUAACGCCAACCCUUAUAUACAUACUGCUGUCGUAAACCGUUCGUCACUUAAUGCAAAAGAAUAAAAGAUUUUGUGAUUCAAGAUAACCGAUCAAGACGUGAGAAAAGGACGUCUUGGUGGCCAGGAGUCUGUGGGCAUUGUAGUCUAGCGUACGUACUUGAGUAUUACCAAGCAGGGUCAUCCUCUUAAGCCCUGAGUAGGUAAGGUCAGGAAGCUCACAAAGAUCUUCCCGCCGUCUUGCUUGAUGCUUUACUCUAUUGGUUACUUUCUCCCUUUCCUCCCGUGGUACUGAAGGCGCUGGAGGAGUGCCCGGCUUCUUUCUGAAGGGAGCACCACCACCACCACCACCACCAGUACCAUUGCUGCUACUGAGACGGGUGGUGCUGGUGACGAGAGAAAAAAUGAAACCUUAAUAUAACUUAGAAAUAAUUAGACAAGUAAAUUAUCAUAUAAGAAAUUAAUUGAUAAGUAAGUGAAUAAGUAGAUGAAUAAGAAGCAAACACUAUACGAUAUGAAAAGAAGCUAAUUAACAAAACAGAAGACGAAAACCACAAAGAAAAAAUGAAAUAUGAAAAAAAACGUAAAUAAACUUAACAUAAUCUAUAAUUUACACACAAGAAUCAAGUUAAAUGCCAGAGAGAGAGAGAGAGAGAACGGAAGAUGAAAAACUAACGUGAUUCUUGUGUUUAACUUAUUAAAAAAAAAAAAUAUAUGGUGUUCCCUUCAGACCUCAGCCACACCAUUUCUCCUGCGCCUUCUAAUGGAGAGACUACAAAACAUACUCCUCCCUACCCUCCCCUCCCCUCCCCACUCCUUCCCUUCCUUCCCCUCUCCCUCCCUCCCUCCCUCUUCUGCUGCUCCUGAAAUCUUAACUUAGGUCGGCCGCCUGUCUUUCACGUCCUGUAGUGUAAGAGAGAGAGAGAGAGAGAGAGAAUGUGUGUUUGUGUGUGUGUAUGUGUCUUUAUGUCCUGUGGGUGUCUGGCAUGCCGUGAUGUACAACACUUUAUGAUAAGGCUGAGUGAGUGUUUGUCCACCGCUCGUGUGAAAGUGAAGUCCCUCUCUUCUCUCAGCUUAGAGUGGUGUAGUGUGUACGUGAGUAUGUGUGUAUGUAAUUUGUCCUUUGUCGCGUAUAUUAGCUCUCUCAUAAAUUAGUUCUAGGCAUCUUUAAUGUAGUUCUAUUUUUUUUUUUUUUUUGUGUGUGUGUGUGUGUGUGUGUGUGUGUGUGUUUGUGUGUUUUAAUUUGUGUACAUAAUUAUUUUGUCAUAUAUAUUUUUUUACUUAUAUUUCAUACCUUCCUGAGCCGCGUUCGGUUAUGAUGUGUCUCUUAGCUCUCGUGUGUGUGUGUGUGUGUGUGUGUGUGUGUGUGUGUGUGUGUGUGUGUGUGUGUGUGUGUGUGCGGGCCUGUAUGCGUGUGUGCGUGCGUGUGCAUGAGUGCGGGAGCUACAGAGUACAUCUCCCACACGGCCGGAAGCCAAGGAUGAGAACAAUCUAGUCACACAUCUAGUGCAGCGAACGUCAGUGUUUCUAAAGAGUCGGUAGGGGCGUGCGAAGCUGGCGCGGUGCAGCGAGACCAAACCAGACCACCUGUAACCUCACACGCAAACAAUUCACUCACCAAUUCAACCAGAAAAACAAACUAACUUAUCUUUUUUUCACCGUUUGAUAUUAAUAACACAUGUAUAACUCACGACAUUUAGGUCACCAGUCAAAAUAAGGUCAGUUUGUCACCUCAUCUCGCCGCGCCGCGUCUGGUUGUCUGCGUCCCACUCUCCGACUCGUCCUCACAUGAUCUCAAGUUCGCCAUGUAGUCGUCUAGUCACAGCUCAGGGCGGCGUCACACUCAGUCAGUCGAUAGUCCAGGUUGUCACGCCGUCCUGCCCUCGAGCUUAAGUCGUUUAGGUUUAGAUAACUUGCUGACUUACAAUGGAGUCUGCUACUUCUAUUACACGUAAUUCAGCACCCAAGUUCCGCCACGUUCAGUUCGAUAUUAUGAUUUAGGUUUUUUUUUCCGUAUUACUCUCCUUUGUUUCCUUUCCUUCCUCACACGUGUCUGCUUCGCUCAUCUCACAACUACGUUCACUUUUGUACCUCUCGAUUUUUCGCGAUGUACUUGAUUAAGUUUCACAGAGCUCUUGAGUACAACAAACUGUUCCUUCCUUCUUUACAGCUUAGGGCAACGAGUGUUUUGCCUUUGAUCACUGUGACAAUCAAGUUUUUAAUCCGAUUCGGUUUUAAAAUUCAUCUUUCCUUUCUUCCUUUUCCUUUAAUCUUUUUACUUUUUACCUCGUAUUAUUACUAUUAUUAUUACUAUUAUUACUAUUAUUAUUAUUAUUGUCAUUAUGAUUUCGUUGUGGCCUUAUUUUAUCUAGUCAUUCGGUUUAAGUAUAAUCCAUAAAUCGGAGCGAAGAAGAAUACGUUAACUCUGACACAGCAAAAUGUUAUUUUUUUCUCUCUUUAUCAUCAACAGCAAAAUAAAGAAAAGCGAAAGGAAAAUUAUGUAGUUUAGCUUCUCGUUUCAUAGAUAAACCACAUUAAUUUCGUCCAACUUCAUGUGUCACAGUCUUCAAUAUUCUCUCCGCUUCUUGAAUUUCAAAGCCCCCAUACUGAAUGCAGUCGCUUCAAGUCGAUGUCCGUCGUUACUUGAUUCUAGUCAAGUCAUUUGCCCUCGAGUCACUCCCAGCGUGGAGCUGCACAGUGUGCAUCUAGUCAUUAGUUCCUAAGUUAGAUAAGUUAGUUACGGUUUUAUAUUCGCCCGGUGAAUACACUUAAGCUUUCUUUCCUCUUCUCAACUACUCCACUCGUCCGUAUCAUUAAGUUCUAGGCUUACUUAGUUUAAUGAUUUCCUAGUUAAGACGUUUUCAUGCCGCUAGCGUCUCCUUGUUGACGGUGUGUUGGUGCGCGGUGACGAGAAGAGAGAGUGAGAGAACAACAUAGUCUAUGCUGCACGCUAACAAUCAAAACCUAGCCAUAUCAUUAAGUUAAGUACAUAUCGGUUAGACACCAGUUAGGAAUUCAGGGCAUUAAGUUUCUUUUAUACGUAUCUUAGGAUUUCUAUCACUUCGAGACCCCGUACAUAAGAACUGACAGCUACAUAUAUACGACUGAGUGCCUUGUACCUGUAUCUAGUCAUUAUGAAGCUCCAUCUAGUCAGGUGUGUGUGGUGUGGACAGGUGAAAAGGGAGGGAGGGAGGGAGGAGAGGGUCUGUGGGGUAAGUUUAGCUUAUAAUGAGUUGCCUAAGUAUUGUAUUCUAGUCAAAAAGGAGAAUCAGGUUUACUUUUUACGGCUUAAGCAUUUAGUUGCGGCGAACAAUCAACAUAUUAAUAAUUCUUCUAGUCAGGUUAGAUAACAGGGUGCCUUUCUUUUUCUUUCCUUUUUCUUGGUGGAUUUAAACAACUCAUGGGAUUUGUAAUAUUAAGGAAGGCGAGUGUUGUUUCAAGUCUCACCUUCUUGUAUUACGCUGUUCCCGUGAGAUAUUUAACGUUCACAAGAGACAAGUCGAGAAAAAUGAAUAAGCUAGUCAUUCCAAAUCUAGUCAUACACAUUUCUGUAAUCUAGUAUAUGUGGUCUAGUCAUCUUAGAUUUUACGUAACUCAAUUUUCUUCCUCUUAUGUAGUCAAGUCUGGUCUAGUCAGUUUUUUGGUGUAAGGUUGUCAAAAAGAGCGUCUAGUCAGUCAUUUUUCGGAUCUAGUCAGUGUCGUUUAAGGUGUGUCAGAAGGCCGUCUUGUCAGUGUAAAGUCAAAGAUGGUCUAGUCUAGUCAGUCACGGGGUCGAGUCAAUAUAGUGUAAGGUUUAUCAGAGGAACAUCUAGUCAGUCAUAUCGUCUAGUCAGUGCAGUGUACGAUUAAUCAGGGCGGGAGGGCGGGAAGGGGGCGUCUAGUCAAUCAAUUGGUCUAGUCAAUAUAGUGUAAGAGGCUUUCAUAAGAGCACCUAGUCAAUCAUUUCGUCUAGUCAUAAUGUAGCAAUAUAAGGUCUGUCAAAAGUACAUCUAGUCACUCAUUCUUUUGUCUCCAGUCAGUGUAUGGUAUAAGAUUCGCAUGUCGAGCUGGCGUCUAGUCAUUAUGGGUGGUUAAGCAAAAUUCUAGUCUAGUCAAUAUGAAUGAGUCUAGUCAAGCGUUAAGUCUAGUCAUUUAUACGUAAAAGUUUAGUCAGUUAUCAUAAGUUACCAGUGAAAUCUAGUCAGGUAUUAUAAGAAGGUCAUGCUUGAAUAUCUAGUCAGAAGGACAUUCUAGUCAUGCCAUCGUGGAGUCUAGUCAGCGGUUCUAAUCAACAAAAGAUCUAGUCAGUCGAUUAGCAAGGAUUUAAUCUCUAGUACCAGGAAUGUUUUGUUACUGUAGUUACUUAUCUAGUCAAACACCAGUCAAGUAACACGUAACAAGGCUCUCUCUCUCUCUCUCUCUCUCUCUCUCUCUCUCUCUCUCUCUCUCUCUCUGGUCAGCCAACACACCAAAGGAGACGAAAUUUGCAGCUCAUUAAUUACUUUUUGGUCUCAUAGAUUUAAGCGUUUUUAUUUCUAAAUGGCGUAGUCUUAAAUAAAUCACCGCAGUUUUUAUGAGCAUUUAUUAUGACACUUGUUUUUAUGUGUUUUCUUAUAAGUUAGUAUACGUAGAUGUCUGUGCGUGUGUGUGUGUGCGUAUUUGUGUGUGACAAUCGCAACACUGUCAGUCAGCUCUCUUUUAUGAAUUAAGCGAGACAAUCAGUAGGAUCUAACAUGGCUGUGUACAUACAAUUCUAAGUUAUAUGAGGCUGAAAUAGUCUGAAGUGUGUGUGUGUGUGUGUGUGUGUGUGUGUGUGUGUGUGUGUGUGUGUGUGUGUGUGUAUGUGUGUGUAUAAGUAUGCACCUACAACUCCUCCCUCCUCCCCCCAAUCAGCCAGUGACUGGGGGAGGGAGAGGGCUCUUCACAGGCAGCUGAAAAUUAAGGUCUACCUCCCUGACCCUCCCUGACACCCUCCGCCUACCCGCCCCUCCCCUUCUUCAUUUUUCCCUACACUUCGAAUCUGAACCGCCUUUCAUUUCCAGGCGUUCACUUGAAAAAUUUUCCAGUACUCUUUCAUUGGUGCCAGCGCCCCUUCCUCUCGCUGGCUAGUUCCCCGGGUGGGCGAGGCCUCCGUGAAGGCAGCGGGAAGCGAGACCCAUGAGUCUGUGGGUCACCGACAUAGGCAGCAUAGUAACAGUAAAGGAGAAUGACUUCCUUGGCUCUAUAGGGACUACCUGUAUGCCAGUAUUAAGGUUAUAUUGUCUUCAAAAUGACUCCAGUAUCUUAUAAGUUAACUUUUAAGGUUGUACUCGUGUAGCAGCGCACUGCGCGUUUCUUAGGCACUUGAUGUAGAGUUUCUGAGUAGCAGUAAUGAGGGUUGAACUUAUUUCUGAUCAACAGUUGUAUACGAUUACUUAAGCUUGUAAUCCACGUCCUAGUGGCGGUGGGUGACUCGUGAGAGCUGGAGAAAGAUCUGAGACUUGCACCCUUUUGGAUCUCAAUGGCAGCUUUUUUUCUGAUCCUUGUCCUGUUGUAAGUCUGACUGACCUUCGGGGAGUUUUCCCGGCUGUGGUUCAUGCCUCAAGGUGCAUGUUGCCCUGAAAGCUCCCUGAACAAUCAGCCAGGAUUGUAUUAUUUGACUUCCACUGUCUUGUCUGAAGCUGUGUAUUAUUUUGUAGUGAUUUGUAGUCAUCUUAGUCUUGUGUAGCCUUAAGGUGUGUAGUAUCUUCACCAUGUGUCCUCAACGAGUGUUUUCUUCUUGAGCUUUUUGCUACGUUAAGGUCCGGUUUCAGUGUAACUUUCGAGGUGACAGUGACCAUAUCAACAUGUAACACCCGACAGGCCUCUAUGUUUAGUCUGACAUCCUUUGCCCGAGAGAGCCGUGCUUGUGCCCCUCGUGCACGGGCGAGGGACGAGGUCACCACCGUCCCGGCGGGGUGCCCGCGCCUGGCGGCUGUUGCCGAGGCGCUGUACAUAGCUGGCUGUUCUGUACCAUAUCAUUCGUAUUGUACAUUUGGACUGUUAGUGUAAGCCUUCCUGUAAUGUCAGAUUUGAUGCCACAAUGUUUAGAUUCUGUUUCCUUUUCUUUUUUUUCAAAAUUGUAAUAAAUUAUUUGUGUGAA